UUCUGCUCGUUCUGUUUUUAGUGUACUUCUAUCGUCUUCUCCGAUCAAACCAGAGAAGCUUGUAACAGAAUCGCACGCAAAUGGAGAAAGCGGCGUCCACCGUAACGGAUCCGGCAUGCGUCGUGACGUCGCUAAACUCGCCGCCGCCUCCGCUAUCACCUCAAUCUGACAAAAGCGUCACCAAACAGCACCAGGAGGAUUUCGCCGCGAGCUUCGCCUCGCUCUACAACUCGAUCUUCUCGCCGGAGUCUCAGUUCCCCGACUCGCUCUCCCUCUCCCCGUCUCCUCCUCCGUACUCCUCCUCCUCUCCUCCCGCUCGCGUCGUCCUCGACGAUACCGCCACCGAGCACCGCCUCCGCCAAGCGAGCCUCAUCCUCGAGUACGACGAGCUCAACGAGCACUACGAGAUCUGCCUCUCCCGCCUCCAGUCCCUGAUGACGGACCUCGACUCGCUCCGCCGCGAGAACGACGCGCUCCGCCAGGAGAACGUCGAUCUCCUCAAGCUUAUCCAUAUCUCCGCUUCGUCUUCUUCCUCCUCCUCCGUCUCUCCACCUCCCUUCCGUAACCGCCAUCAGAUCUCCGACUUCGGUAGCCAUGGUGACACUGGAGCUUAUAAGCAUCGUCGUCCGGUGAGAUCGAGCGAUCCGGAGAGAAACUCGUUGCCUAGAAGCAUCUCCGUCCGCUCGCCGGGAUAUCUCAAGAUGAUGAACCAGGGAAGCCAUGGAUACGGCGGAGCGAGUCGUCAAACGAGUCAACUCGGUUCCGACUCGGUGACACAAAAGGUGUGCGUGCCGACGAAAGGAGAGAGAGAUGCGUUGGAGGUUGAGGUAUACCGUCAAGGGAUGACGAAGACGGAGCUCUGCAACAAGUGGCAACAGACCGGAGCUUGUCCCUACGCCGAUAACUGCCAGUUCGCUCACGGAAUCGACGAGCUCCGUCCGGUGAUAAGGCACCCUCGCUACAAAACGGAAGUCUGCCGUAUGAUCGUCACCGGAGCCACCUGUCCUUAUGGCCACCGUUGCCAUUUCCGUCACUCGCUCACCGAGCAAGAGAGGAUGCUUCUCACUCACUGAUAUGCGAGGAGCAAAGGUUAUACAUAAUCAUAAAGGGUAAUAAUAAUUUGUACAGAUUUGAUACCUAUAAAUAUCGUAAAUUGAAUGAUAGAAAAGGGAAACGAUGUUAAAUAAAUGUUGAUACGAUUAAAGGAAUAUAAUUACGGUUUGAGAUGAUGGAAGAUUUUAA